AUUUCCCUGCGCUACGCGACGCGUGUUCGCGCUCGUCUUCUGCUGCAGAGAGUGGCGCUCGUGACGUCAUCCUGCUGGAGCGGCUGCUGGGCACGGGCGGAAAAUGGGCACAGAUCUGCGAGGACAAAAGGUUUGGUCUGUGAGGAAAACCGAUUAAGUGCCAGAAAUAGGCCUAACAGCAGUCAGGACCUUAUUGAAGAGCUAAAUCAAGAACCUGUGACUCAGAAGAAGCAUGUGUGAUGAUCCCCAGUUCCUUGCUCAGCCUGUAGCAAACCCAGAACAUCUGAGAUGAGUGGUCCUCUGUGGUGCCCAGCCGCUGUCCCUGCCUGCUCUUGGCAGCGCUUGGUGGCGUGAGCAGAUUGCUCCAUCCUGGCAUCCACGGGAGCGUGGAAUGGCCUCUUUGGACCUGCCGUACCGUUGUCCUCGCUGUGGGGAACACAAGCGUUUUCGAAGUCUGUCGUCUCUACGCGCCCAUCUGGAGUACAACCACACCUACGAGACCCUGUAUGUGCUGUCCAAGUCCAACAGCGUAUGCGAUGCCGCUGCGCUGCUCCCCCUAGUGGCCGACGGAGCCCUUGCUGCCGAAUCGCGUUUUCCGUACCGCGAACUGCCCUGCCCUGGAGAAGAGCUCGGACUUGCGCCUUCGUCUACUGCUUGCUACUUGCCCAAUGUGGAGUUUCCUCUGGGCGAGAUCCUGGUGAAGACAGCCAUGAGCUCUGGCGACGCCUUGUCCUCCACAGGGAACAACGCCGUGGCGGUGGCCGCAAACGUGGCCGCUAGUGCGGUGGAGGCGGCUUACGAGGAGGGCCUGGCUCGGUUGAAAGCUCGAGCAUUUGAAAGGCUCGAGUUAGACGAGAGGCUCGAGAAAUUGUCAGAAGAGGUGGAGCAGAAGAUCGCAGCACGUGUCGGGCGUCUGCAGGCGGAGCUGGAGAGGAAAAGCUUGGAGCUGGAAAAGGCAAAGCUGGAGAGUGAGAGGCUCAGCCAGGAGAAGCAAGAUCUGGAGGACAAGGCCACCGAGCUUUCGCGGCAAGUGGACGUGUCUGUGGAGAUGCUGGCCAGCCUUAAGCAGGAUCUGGUUAACAAGGAGCAGGAGCUUUCACACAAACAACAAGAGGUGGCCCAGAUCGACCAGUUUCUCCAGGAAACAGCUGCGCGGGAAGCCAAUGCUAAAGUGCGUCUUCAGCAGUUCAUCGAGGAGCUGUUGGACCGGGCCGACCGUGCUGAGAAACAGCUCCAGAUCAUCAGCAGCUGUGCCACCACCCCCAAUGGCAGCCUGGGUCACUGCAGUCUGCAGGGAUCCAAACCUAAUGGCCGACAGAGAAAUUCCAGUCUCUCAGGGGCAUCGAGGGGAAUGUACCAAGUGUGCGAUCGACGCUCCUCUCCUAGCACUGCCGCAUCAGGUCGAGGAAAGUCUGUGUCCCAGGGUUCAGGAGGUUACGACAGUGACAGUGUGGACCUCCACGCUCUAGAGGACUGCCCUGAUGCCCAGUACUACCACGUCCAGUGCCGACUUGGGGAAGGAGGUGGUGGAGGAGGAGGAUACGAAAGGGCGGCCGCUUCCCGGAGCUGGGGUCUCCGUAAACAGGCCAUUCAGAACUGGCAGCGCCGGCCGUACCGGAACAGUACAGAAGGAGAGGAGGGCGACGUGUCUGACGUAGGAUCCCGCACCACCGAGUCCGAGGCCGAGAUGUGGGAGCAAGACAGGAGAGCAGAAAGCCAGCACGGGGGGAACCGUGGAGGAUACAGACUAGCUACAGGUCGUUCUGAAGGUGGAUACAAGCCUUGUCGCCAUGAGAAAAGCCCCUCUAAAGUCAACGAGGUGAUCAGUCCUGAGGUGCUGAAGAUACGUGCCGCUCUCUUCUGUAUCUUUACCUACCUGGAUACGAAGACACUCCUACAGGCGGCCGAGGUGUGCCGGGAUUGGAAGUUUGUGGCUCGUCACCCUGCGGUGUGGACCAGAGUGCUGCUGGAGAACGCUCGUAUCUCUUCAAAGUUCCUGUGCAUUCUGUCUCAGUGGUGCACACAGACGCAUUCCCUCAUCCUCCAGAACCUCAAACCCCGGCAGAGGGGCAAAAAAGAGACAAAGGAGGAGUAUCUGAAGAGCACACGUGGGUGUCUUGAGGAGGGUCUCGAGGCUUUGUUGAAAGCUACUGGCAGUAAUCUGCUCAUCUUGAAGGUGUCUCAUUGUCCGAAUCUGUUGACUGAUCGCUCUCUGUGGUUGGCGAGCUGUUAUUGCAGGGCGCUCCAGGCUGUCACAUACAGGAGUGCGACAGACCCUGUUGGACAGGAGGUUAUCUGGGCAUUGGGAGCUGGUUGCAGAGACAUCAUCUCACUACAGGUGGCGCCUUUGCAUCCAUGUCAGCAGCCAGCACGCUUCAGUAACAGGUGCCUGCAGACCAUUGGCAGAUGCUGGCCACAUCUGCGAGCGCUGGGUGUGGGCGGAGCUGGCUGUGGCAUACAGGGAUUGGCUUCUUUGGCAAGGAAUUGCAUGAGGCUCCAGGUGCUAGAGUUGGACCACGUCAGUGAGAUCAAUCAGGAAGUGGCUGCUGAGAUGUGCCGAGAGGGACUGAAGGGUCUGGAGAUGCUGGUGCUCACCUCCACUCCUGUUACUCCUAAAGCCCUGCUUCACUUCAAUAGUGUGUGUCGUAACCUUAAAUCUAUUGUAGUCCAGAUCGGUAUAGAAGAUUACUUUGAAGACCCUAACAGUCCUGAGGCCAGAAAACUCUUUGAUGAAAUGGUGAACAAGCUGCAGGCACUCAAAAAAAGACCUGGUUUCUCCAAAAUCCUCCAUGUGAAGGCUGAUGGCUUGUGCUAACUCUGCUGUGUUAAGUCCAGAGCCACAUAAAGGUUCACUGAAUAUUACAACCUGAUCGAGUCAUUCUUUACUCAAAGAAGCAAGGAAGAAUCACACUUCCGCUUCAGCUGAAACUCUGAACACCAGUCUACCACACCAAGACGGGCGCAUCUGUUAGCUUUGACAUGACGCAACCAAAUAGAGGAGUCUGUAAAGAUCAUGCGUAACAAACUCUACGAGAAGGCAUAAUUACUUGCCAUGGAUGCCGUUCCAACAGUCACCCAAUUACAGACCAAGGUUUUUUCUCCUACUUGCCAAACGCACUAAACUUUUAAUAAGAUCUCAGAGAACAUGACGUCUCUCUUCAGAGCACAGAGCUGCAGGAGGGAGCAGUCUCAUAUUUGAAUCAUAAAAUCAACGUGAAAUCCAAACAGCACAAAUUAAAAAUGCACAUGGGUAAGUUAGUAACGUGGGAGUGUGUGUUUGUGUGAUCAGCUCGAUUACUUAGUCGUCACUCAAGAGCAUUACUCUUCGAACUGGAUCCGUCCGCCAGCCAUAUUACUGAGACAAAUAUCAACAUAACAUAAUCACCAGCUUCAGACGUGGCUUACAAAGAUCUAUAUUUAGGCGAAGCCAUGUCUCCACAGAAAUUCCUAUUACUUGCAGCUAUCUUGUGUCCUUAAGCGCAAGUUCAAACCGAAUGACGAAGCCAAUAAACGCAAGCUGUUCGUGUCAGACCCUCCAGUCCUUCAGCCGUAUUCCCAUGGCCAGGGUCACUCUGGCAAGGGAUUGCUUCUCAUCAUUGGAUCUGUUGUUCCAGACAGAUGCCUUCUCCAUAAUGUGCCAUCCAUAGCUCAGACAUUUUGUUUUCAAGGUUAAAUUUUGGUCAUACCCAAUGUGCCAUUAGUCUAAAAGGUGUGCAAGGUGUGCACUUACCUAAAGGGAAUUUAAGGGCGAAUAGUGAAGGAUAGAGACGAGGUCAUGGUGCUGUGAGUCCAAUGUACGCCUACCGUUUCACCUCAGAUGUCAACGUCUCCAUCUCUUCCAUCACUUGCCGUUCUAUGGAACUCGGGCUGGUGCAACUGAAUGGGUCACUUCUCCAUCUGCUCUUUUGAGAUGGAACUUUCCAUGUUCUAAAGGUACUGGAUGGAGAAUUCUAAUUCCGAGUUCUGAAUGUACACUGCACAAUUGAAUAGAAGGGAUAAAAACAUAGUUGUUACAUUAGGUUCUUCACAGAAUCUACAAGAACAGAAAUCUGUGGGUUAGUUUUUGGUUCCUUUGGAUCUUUGUUGGAAAUAUGAAACAAGUAAACAAUAGCCAUAUUAGGCCAUGUCAGACUACAGAAUUAAAAAUAAUUCUGCACAGCUGAGAUUGAAUUAUAUUUAUAGCCUCAUUUUGUCAAGGCCAGCAUUCUGAAGUUUACGUUUUUCUUUGUUUUCAAAUGAAAAUGGUUAUUUACUGGUAUACUUUUGGAACAUUUUUAAGUCGAUUUUGCUUUCUGUUGUAAUAUUACUCUGUUGUUAGGAAGUUUACUGUGGAAAUGAGUGUGAAGGCACUUAAAUGUGUUUUAGCUGGAAGUCAGUCAUACAAACAAUCUAGGAUAUGCCAUUCUCGUCAAGUUUCAUUUUAAAAAAGACAUGCUGAUGCAAUAAUACUGAUGCAAGUACUGGUCUCGACCUCUCUCAGUGCUGUACCAAUUACCCAUCAGGCAUUGCUGCUCCCCUUGGCCAGUCUCUGAGCUGAAAUCACACAGUCCAAACGCUCUACUCUAAGUGCUUUAGUCAAGGCGAGCACUUCUCUGGUGCGACGUUCUACUUCCUGUCUUAAAACACAUUAUGGGGCUUGAAUUAGCAUGAGAGGAGUAUUCACACGAACUGCCUGAGUUUACUUUAGGAUGGCUGUUCAAAAUAAGGCAAUGUGGACCGGAAUGGAAACCGCAAGACCAUCUUCAAGAAAGAAAUUGCGUGAUAGGACGACCUGCUCUACCCACAGCCCCAAACAAUGACUUUUCGAGUGUGCUGCCACUCUUCUGAAGACUUUAAAAAAAACUGUAUGUAUAUGUUGUUUCUAUAGGAAGGAAUUACAAACGGUGUAAAUAUUUGAAAUGUAACCUACGGAAAGACAUAACCUGAAGUGGACCGGAUGACUUUCAGAAUUCAAAGGUAUUGAAUUUGCAGUAUGCUGUGUAUGAUAGAUGCUUUAUAUUGAAUGUGUAUCAGAGUCCUAUAGAGAUGGAAAUAAUUUAAAAACAGAGUACAGUUUAUUUCAACUAUUUAUUUCUAUAAAAAGAGAUGUCUAUGAUGAUGGCAUGUUUGUGCUAAAGCAUUAUAUAUAUAUAUCAUGUUGCCUUUUCAACUGUUCUGCCAUAGAUGUUAUUAGAUUAUUAGAUCUGAGUGCUCUGGAUUACUGCUUGCUGCCUUUCAUUUUUAGACUGAGCAACCGUUGCACCAUUAUUAUGAUAAAAAAGUAACUGCUAAUGUUUAGUAUUAAGCCGUUGAUGUUCUAUUUUGUUUAACGUCGAGCCUUUUUAAAGAAUCUGACAUAUGUAAUGCACUUUUUUUAUCAGAGCGCUUCCCGUGCUCUGUGAUGGUUGGUUUCAUGUGCAAUUCCUCUUUUCCUAAGCUUUGCACCGGAAGACUAUCAGCUUUCCAUUCAUCACGUGAUCAGUCCGUUCGAUAGUUUUAGUGACUUUUUAUGAAACCCUCGCAGUGGUCUUAUUUGAUGCAUAGCAUUAACCUGCAAUAUAAAAAUAAAUAGCAACAUUAAUAUAUAAAUAUAUUUGCUUGGUCAUGUAAAAACAUUUGAUCAUGUUUGUAUUUUUUAAAAUGAUUUGCUUUAAGUAAGUGGUGAAAGUGACGACGUGCCGGGUAAUAGUGUGUGGACUGAGCACUUUGAAUAUGACAUUCUAUUAGACUAGAAAAUUACUAAAAGAGAUUCUGUGUGACCAACCCAAACCUUGAAUUGAAUUCAUCUGAACAGAUAGUGUUGAACUGACAGAUUUCGAAAUUGAUUGUAACUUAGGAGGAGAAAAAGGGAAACAAUCACUUUAGCAAAAGACCUGAAGCACUCAGAAAGAUAAAUAUAACUUUUACAUACGCAUAACCAUUUGUUUUUGUACCACUAACCAGAACUUCUUGAAACAAUCAGUUAUAGUGGUGUUAGCUAUUGUUAGGUGCCAGAUGUUGUGACAAUUCAUGUGUAGCUGUAAUUGUAACCAUCCAAUCAAAGACCUAUUAUUAAAAGUAUGUCGAGAAGACGAAUCUACAAACAGAUGAUUUAUUAAUAGUGGAGUGUUAUCAGCUUUUUGUUCCAUUACGUUUUGUGGAAUCGACAUGGUGUAAGAUAGAAACAGCCGUUUUUAACUCCACAAAUUCACAGCCCUGGAAUUAUUAUAACAAUUGCCUUUUAUUUAUCUGUUUUAUUUUAUUUCUGCUAUUCUAUCCAUUAAUAUGGCAUUCAGUCCUUGAUUCCGUGAUAUUGAUAUACUGCUUUUAUGUUCAGCUUUGUGCUGUGAUGUUCAUUAGCCAUGACGCUUCUUGGCUUGUCAUUACCUCUUGGCUCUCGUUUGAAUGAUUGUAUUUUAUGCCCACCUGUCUGAACUGCUUUUAUGCAUUACCUCAAACAUCUUCUGGCAACAUAAGUUGAAUUGUGUUGCUUUUUUUAUACCAACAGAUAGCAUUUACGUUACUUAACAAAUGCCCUGCACAUUCUGUGCCGUUGCACAAAAAGGCAAUUCAUCACUCGAAGUUGGUUAAUAUUUAUUGGAAAAUGUUCAUGAGUAAACUCGUUUCUUGCUUGUGGGAACAACUGCAGAUUUUUUUUUUCCUCAUUCUUUGUAUUGUUGUGGCCUGCUUAUUAACAUUCCUUAAUGUCUGUUCGACCGGUUAUCCCAGUUUGCGAAAAGUUGAAUAUAAACGUGUGAUGGAAUCGUUUACAUUCCAAAAUCUCAUGCCAUUUUGUUCCAGGCAUAUUCUAUGAGUUCUAAUAAAAAUCUGAUACAUAUA